AUGCAUUCCGGCGAACUCCAGAGGUGUCAAAGCUGCGAUGCCAGACAUGAACAACAUGAACCCUUGGACCCGCCCAGCUCCUACCAGUGCUCGGAGCCGACCAUUGUGGGAUUAUAUGGUAUCCCAGGCUCUGGAAAAUCCUUCCUACUAGAUACUCUAAAGCAAGGACUUGGUCAAGAGCCCUUCAUGUUUUACGACGGCAGCCAGGUCAUUGCCGAUGUGACACCAGGGGGUUUGGAGGCAUUCCAGAGUUUGAGCGAGGAAUCUAAAGCCAACAUUCGAGAGCGUGCCAUCAACAAGAUCAAGCAGGAAGCCCGCGACAGUAGCAAAGUUGCCAUAGUUGCUGGGCACGCCAUGUUAUGGCCCGAGGAAGAGGGUGGCGGUCAAUGGGUCUGCACCCAGGCUGAUCUCGAAUCAUAUACACAUAUUGUGUAUUUGAAUGUCCCGCCUGAAACUAUUAGGCAGUAUCGACUGAAUGACCAAGCAAAACAUCGGCCAGAUGCAUCCCUCAGACACUUGGAGAAGUGGCAAGAGUCCGAAAUAAAAGAGCUCCGUUACCGCUGCAGAGCCCAUCAUAUCAUCUUCUCAGUCUUUUCACCAAGUCGUGAUUCUUCGGAUAAGCUCAUGGCCGUACUUCGGGAUUUCUCCAAGCAUACGGAAGAAUUCAAUGCAAAAGUUGCUGAGCAACAGAUGGACAAGGCCCUUGUGACUGGGCCCGAUACGGUACUACUUCUGGAUGCUGACAAAACAUUGACGGCCCAGGACAGCGGCGAGUUAUUCUGGGAAGCAUUACCCAGCCUGAAGUUUUUGGAAGACACGAUGUCUCCACUGAAAAGGCUCUUUAGCAGUACGUUGCAAUACUCAUAUACGGCCUUCCGUCAAGCAACCAUGCUCUACGAAGAAGCCAUCGGGGAUAACGAGUACAUCGAACACUGCGAAAACGUAGCCCCGGGCCGAACACACGUUCGUGCGAUUGUUCUCACUUGUGGCAUUCGCGGAGUGUGGGAAAAGGUGCUUGAGAAGGAACAGCUCUCCAGUUCCAUUACGCUUAUUGGUGGUGGGCGUCUAUCGGAUGGCCUCGUCAUGACACCGAAAUUAAAAGAGAGACUGACAAAGCAUGUACGCAGCACCGGAAAUGCUUCUGUUUGGGCCUUUGGCGAUAGCCCUUUAGAUCUUGGGAUGCUGAUUGCUGCCAAUCGAGCUGUUGUCAUCACAGGCGAGCAGGCAACGAGGAGCGCAAGUAUGGAUGACGCGUUAGCCGAUGCUAUCAGAAAAGGGGGUUUCCAUCCGCGCCAAGUCCUUCUCCCAAGCCAUGCGUCUCCGCGUCUUGAUUUGUUACGACUCCCUCUCAUACAAUUGUCUGAGCGAUUCAUCUCCGAUUCGAUAUUGAAUGACCGAUACCAACUUCACGUUGUUGACGCAAGUCAUCGUCCUGCUGCAAAGUUGCUUAUGACACCCAUGAGGAAUGCAACGUUCUCAGGCCCAAGUUUGCGCGAAGCGCACCACCGAGUUGGAUUGUAUCUCGCGACUGAAUUCUGUGCCGAAAUUUUGGGCCUGGAAACCUUUCCAAUUCCUCAUGUUCAAGGCCAUCAAACUGACGGGUAUCGUGUUCUGAAUGAGAAAGAGACGCUGAUAGUAGCUUUGAUGCGUGGCGGUGAACCGAUGGCUCUCGGCAUAAGUGAUGCUUUGCCCUCUGCAGCAUUCCUCCAUGCUCGGGGUGCAAUCGAUAUUUUACCAGAGCAUCUAAACAGCAUCAAGACCAUUCUUCUCGUUGACUCGGUGGUGAACAGUGGCAAAUCCAUUUUGGAAUUUGUGCAAUAUAUCAGAACACUUCAUGCCACUAUCCGCAUUGUAGUUAUCGCUGGUGUCAUACAGUCCAAAGCAGUGACAUCAAGCGAAAUGAGCCAGCAGCUCUGCAGAUUUCGCCACUUGUCGUUCGUUGCACUUCGUUUGUCCGAAAAUCAAUUUACCGGCCAAGGUGGCACCGAUACCGGUAACAGGUUGUUCAACACAACCAACCUUGAUUGA